CCGCGCGCGCAUGGCGGAGAGGGGAGCCUCUCCGGCUGCGCCCCUGCGCCUUCCUCCUGUCCCCGCCGCCGCCGCCGCCGCCAUCCCUCUCCCUCCUCCUCCUCCUCUCCCCAGCACGGGAUUCUGGGAGGAAGCGGAGCGGAGCGCAGCCAGACGCCCAGCGAACAUGGCUGCACCAUGAGCCGCCUCCCCGAGGCUCGCCGCCGCCGCCGCUGCCUCCUCCUCCAGCCGCCCCAGCGCGCCCGCCAGGCCGCGGCUUGAGCCCAGGCCCAGCGGCGGCCGAGGGGGGGCAGGAGGAGGAGGAGGAGGUGGGACCCCCCCGGUCUCCUCCCCGACCCCCCCUCCUCGCCCGACGCCGGGGGGCCGCCAGCCCCCGCCGACGGACCCAGGCCGCCCCCUCCCCAUGGAUAGGAACUACCCCAGCGCCGGCUUCGGGGAUCCGCUGGGCGCCGGCCCGGGAUGGAGCUACGAGCGCUCGGCCAAGGCCAGCUUGGUGUACGGCGGAUCCCGGAGCUCACACCCAGACACGGAUAUUUUGCAUCGCCAAGCUUACGCCACCCCUCAUCCUCUCCAGGGCUACGCCACAAACCACCAUCCAGCAGGUCUCUCCGGUCUGUUCGAGACAGGGCUUCAUCAUGCCAGCAGUGCCACCCCAGACGCCUCUGUCAUGAACCUCAUCUCGGCGCUGGAGUCGCGGGCACCCCAGCCGGGCCCUUCUGCCUCCUCCCUCCUCUCCCAGUUCCGCACCCCAUCCUGGCAAACAGCCAUGCACACUCCAGCCCCGGCCGAGCUCUUUAUCUCGGGGGCCCUCCCCGGCUCCGGCACUUUCCCCUCCUCGUCGGCACUCUCUGCAUACCAGCACCCUGCCUCCUUCAGCGGGCGCAGCUUCCCGGUCACCUCCUCGCUCACCCUGCAGGACGCUACCUUCAGUCCGACCUCCAACGGCCUCUUGUCCCCCCAUGACCCCCUGCUCCACAUCAAGUCCUCUCAGCCCAGCGUCCCGUCAUCCCUCAGCUUCGACCGGCUCGGCAGCGCGGUGCUGGGCACGGGUUUGCCCUCCCAGAGCUCCGCUUACCGCAGCGCCCAAGAGUCGGCGUCCCGCCACCUCCCCUCCCAGUUCAACCUCCUGUCGUCCUCGCUCGGGCCGUCCGACCAGACGUCCCAGCUCUACAACACCUCUGUCUUCUCCAGCUCGCCCGCCUCCUCCAUCGAGCGGGCCAUCCCCCGGCAGGACAGCGUGAUCAAGCAUUACCAGAGGCCCUCGAGCGCCCAGCCCCAGCUGCCGUCCGCCCAUUCUCUCCAGCAUUACCUGAGCUGCGGGGGCAGCUACCAGCAGAUGUCCCACCGGUCCAGUCUUUCUUGCAGCCCUUUGGGCGAACAGUCCCCAGCCAGCAGCGAGGGCUCCCAGCAGCAGAAAUCCUCCCAGGCCACCCGGCAAGAGCCCUCCCAAAGCUACCGCCCCAUCAUCCAGUCCCCAGGCUAUUCCAGCACAGCCUCCUCCUCGAAGUCCAAGAGCUACUCGGCCUCCCGCCAGCCGCCACGGUCCACAGCCACGCCGAAGUGCCAAAGCAACUACAGCUCGUCCACCCCCAAGCCCAGCUCCGUCAUCGCGAGCCAGUCGCAGGCCUACUCGCCCGGGCAGCCCCAGAGCCUGCUUUCCAUGAGCCAAUCCCAGAGUUACUCGGUCAGUCAGCCGCAGAACCUGUCUUCAGUCAGCCAGGCCUCGCAGGGCUUCAGCAGCAGCCAGGCCCAGGACCUGACGAGCGUCAGCAAGGCGCAGAGCUACUCGACGGCAGGCCAGGCCCAGCAGGGCCAGGCCGGGCAAGGCGGGCAAGGCCUGCAGACGUGUCAGAACCAAACGUACUCGCCCGAGCAGCUGCAGAGCCUGUCGUCCGUCGGCUACAGCGUCCAGGCCGAGCCCCACGUCUCCGUGAGCCAGACUCCGAGUUACGUCCCAGCACAUUCGCAGGGGAUGCCCACGGCCAGCCCAUCGCUCAGCUACAGCACCGGCCAUUCGCCCGCCAUGCCGGGGCACAGCCAAUCCAUCGGCUAUUCGCACAGCCAAAACCUCCCGGACUCCAGCCCUUCCCAGAUCAUCCGGCCGCUCCAGUCGCCCACGACCAACCGGCCCCAGAGCGUGGCGUCGCCCGGCCAGUCGCAGAAGUAUCUCACGUCUGUGCUGUCUCCUUCCUUCAUGCAGUCGGCUCACACCCAGAGCUACCAGAGUUCCCAGGGGGGCUUGGAGAGGGCGUCGUCGUACGGCAAAGCCAAGGCCGACUCGGACCUGCUGUCGUCCGAGCGGACGGAAGACGAGGAGUUCUUGAUCCAGCACCUGCUGCAGUCGCAGAGCCCGCCGAGGGUGCCCCCCGAGGGCAUGGUGGAGUGCGAAGACCGGGCUGGCAAAGGGAUGGGGUACGAGCUGAGCAAGACCGAGGAGCGCUACCACCUGCAGAGCGUCAUCCGGACCAACUCUAACCUGGACAACCAAGGCCUCGAGAUGUCCUUGCAGAGCCUGAAGGACAAAAAGAAAGGGGAGAGGUCCAAGGAGUAUCAGCACACCCGCUCCACGCCCGAGUCCUUGGCCACCUCUGUUGUCCACUAUAGCCACCAGGCUGGCUCCAUGGACUCCUACGGGCAAGACAUGAAGAAGUCGGUGGAGCAGCAUCUCCAGGGCGGCCACAUGGACACCGGCAGCAAAGAGAUCUCCCAAGCCCACUCGUAUUUGCAGAAGACUCCGGAGCAUGCCUCCCAGCCACACCCCAUGGAGUCCCACGGGUUGAUGUCCGGGCAGCAAGGAGCCACGCUGAUGUUGGACUCUCCCCCCGACCUGCCCCCUCUCGCCCUCUCGCAGCAGCAGCAACAGCAGCAGCAAUCCCAGCUGCUCCAGUCGGUGCUGACUCACACUCAGAGCCAGCUGCACCCCCGGGGCAAGGUCCGCACCCCGUUGGAUGUCCACCUGAUGGAGCCCCAGCGCAUGCACCAGGCCGAAGCGCCCUCGCCGCAGCUUCAGAUGCAGGCCCUGGAAGCGCACCUGCACCAAGCCCACGUGCGUUCCCAGAGCAUGGAAGCGCAGCUCCUCGAGCCGCAGCAGUCGCCGCAACUGCAGGGCCAGAUGCAGUCGGAGAGGAUGCAGUCCGAGGGCAUGGAGGUGAUGCCCCAGGGCAACCUCGCCCAGUCGCAAGAGAUCCAGGACUUCCUGGAGCCGGAUAUGAGCUUGGAGUCCCACCUGGGACAAGGCGGGGCGGUCCAAACGCAGCAGCAUCUCCUCCCCGAUGCCAGCUUGGACCCGGACUCCUCUCAGCAAGUCCCGCAAGGUCAACUGGAAGGCAAGGACCAGUUUGAAAGCCCCAGCCCCCAAGGGGCGAAGCAACGCUUCGUCCCGCUCACCUCCAUCUGCUUCCCGGACUCUUUGCUGCAGGACGAAGACCGUAGCUUCUUCCCGGGCAUGGAGGACAUGUUUGGGCCGCCUCCUUGCGGCGGAGACGAGUUCCCAAAACCGGACGACGGCACGCAGGGCAUGGAGAGGGGAGAGGGGAUGAAAGGGGGAGGCUAUGACAUGAUGCCAGGAGGUCAGGGGUACCAGAGCUACUGCCCGUCGGAAAGCGGGGACGGGCAGCACUUGGGGUUGGAUUCGGUAUCAGUGAAGCACGAGCUGCCCUCGACUGUCAACACGGAACAGCUGGGGCUCAUUCAGUCUGGGCAGCACGGGACGGCCCCCAUCUCGGAGUCCAAGUCGGGCCUCACGUCGCCCAUUUUCUGCUCGUCUAAGCCCAAGAAGCUGCUAAAGACCUCGUCCUUCCACCUGUUGAAGAAGCGGGAGCCGCCUUUCCAGCCGCCCAAAAAGAACUAUGCCCAGGAGUACGAGUUUGAGGACGACGAGGACAAGGAGGACGUCCCGGCUGACAUCCGCCUUAACAGUCGGCGCCUGCCCGAUCUGCUUCCGGACCUCAUUUCCAGCUGCCGCACCAACCGGACCACUCUCAGCCCCAUGGGGGACAUAGACUUCUGCCCGCCCAACAGCGGCCUCAUGGAAGGGCCCAAACGCCGGGGGCGCAAGCCGACCAAGCCCAAGAGAGAUGGCCCUCCCCGUCCCCGAGGGAGACCCCGCAUCCGGCCCCUGACCGAACCGCCUCAUGGCGUGGCUCACGAUGGAACCAAGAAACCCCGUGGCCGGGGGAGAGGGAGGGGAAAGAAAGCAGGGGAGGAGGGGGUUGACCCCGGAGCAGGCUUGGAGUCUCUCAAACCUCUCAAGAUCAAGUUGCCAGUUCCCAAAGGCCUGGAGGGAUCUCGGCUGGAGGCUUCCACCCCGACUCAUCAGCCCCCUCAAGAGAGCAGCUUAGACAACAGCCAGACCCGAGAGAAGAUCAAGCAGAAGAUCAAGGAAGUGGAAGAGAAGCAGCCUGAGAUGAAGUCGGGGUUCAUGGCGUCCUUUUUGGACUUCCUCAAGUCGGGCAAGCGUCAGACAUUGUCUUCCGCAUCCUCCUUGGCGGCCACAGUGGGGGGCCCCGGGGUGGCGGCGGCUGCCGUGGCCUCGUCCUCAGGCAGCCCCUCCAAGACGCCACGUCCCCCAUCAGCCACGUCUUCGUCGUCAUCUUCCCAGCCUCCGCCUCCCUUCAGUAUGGCACCUCCGAUGCUGUCAGGGGGCUUGGAUGGGCCUGAAGGGGAUCCGGCCGGGCUUGUAAUGAGCUGUACAAGCCCCUGCAAGCGGCUGGAUGAGGAACUGAAACGUAACCUGGAGACUUUGCCCUCGUUCUCCUCUGACGAGGAGGACUCAGUCAGCAAAAACCAGGACCUCCAGAAGAGCAUCUCCUCGGCUAUAUCAGCACUCUAUGACCCCACAGACCGCAAGGAGGGAGAACCCAAUGAUGUGCCACCAGUGGAGGAGAAGCCCCCAAGCCCAGCUCCAUCAGUGGAGGCAGAGACGCAACCAGAGCUGCCCCCGCCGCCCCUCUCCCCAGCUCCCUCACCGAAGGAGGCUCCCCCGGUCCCCGAGGAGCUGCCUGCUCAAGCAUCCCCCGAGCCCGACGAUCCAGAGGACACGCGGCCCCUCCACCUCGCCAAGAAGCAGGAGACGGCUGCCAUUUGCGGGGAGACGGACGAAGAGGAGGCGGAGAGCGGCGGGGAGGGAAUCUUCCGAGAGCGCGAUGAGUUCGUCAUACGCGUUGAGGACGUUCAGGCCCUGAAGCUUGCCCUUCAGACCGGCCGGGAGCCACCCCCCAUCUGGCGGGUGCAGAAAGCUCUGCUUCAGAAGUUUACCCCUGAAAUCAAGGACGGGCAGCGACAGUUUUGUGCUACCAGCAACUAUUUGGGCUAUUUUGGUGAUGCCAAGAACCGCUACCAGCGACUCUAUGUCAAGUUCUUGGAGAACAUCAAUAAGAAGGAUUAUGUCCGUGUCUGCUCCAAAAAGCCUUGGCACCGGCCCCUGCAGGCUGUCAGGAGACAGAGCCAACCCAAAGCCUCUGGCCCCAAGACUCCCGUGACACCCAAAGUGGAGAAACCCGAGAAGCCAGAAGUCCCGGAGAAGGUUGAAAAACCAGAGAAGCCCGCCAAGGCCGAGAAGCCUGCCAAGGCCGAGAAAGCAGAGAAAACCGAGAAGCCCCCUAAGACGGAGAAAGGGCCGAAGCCGGAAAAGCCUCCCAAGGUUGAGAAGUCUGAAAGGCCCCCCAAGGCGGAAAAAGUGGCCAAGGCGGAGAAGCCCCCCAAAGUGGAGAAAACCGAACCCCCUGUGCCUGUUCUUCCCAAAGCUGCUCCAGCCAGUGGGACAUCUAAACCCAAACCCAAGCCGGCCAAGGUGAAGGCUGAACCGCCCCCCAAGAAGAGGAAAAAAUGGCUCAAGGAAGCGGCAUCCUCCUCCGACUCAGAUUCCAGCCCUGACCAGCAGAGCGAGGAAGAGCGUGUGCCAACAGGCCGUAUUCUAAAUACGCGAGCCAUGAAGGAAAUGUACCGCAGCUAUGUGGAAAUGCUGGUCAGCACCGCUCUUGACCCGGACAUGAUCCAAGCUCUUGAGGAUACAAACGAUGAACUUUAUCUCCCACCCAUGAGGAAGAUUGACGGGAUAUUGAAUGAUCACAAGAAAAAGGUGCUGAAGAGAGUGUCUCUUAAUCCCUCGCUGCAGGAGGCACUCCAUACGUUCCCUCAACUCAAUGCCGAAACGUGCGACACCACGGUCAAGUUGCGCCCGGGUGGUGAACCUUACAACCGCAAGACACUCAACAAACUCAAGAAGAAUGUAUCCAAACCGCAGGAAUUCAGCGUGGAAGUGGAGAAGUCCUUUUUCUACACUCUGUACCAUUCCCUUCACCACUACAAGUACCACACCUUUCUGCGUUGUAAGGAUGAGACGACAGCGAUCGAGGGCGAGGACGAGGACCUGGGCCAAGAAGAGGUGGUGCAGCAGUGCAUGCGGAACCAACCGUGGCUCGAGAAACUGUUUGACUCCUUCAGCGAGUUGCUGACUCAGGCGCAAAGCAAAUGUGCGUGACGUGCAUGCAGCCGCCCAGAGCCACGCCCUGGGAGGGGCCGCCUACAGCCCGCCCCUCUGCAGAGCCAGAGCAGGAAGUGGGGAGAGGAAGAUCGAGGGGUACCAUUGCAGGCAACGAGUUCAGACUCCGCUCAAUACCACCAACCAACUCUGCCCUUUUUUUUUGGUUUUUGUUUUCCUUUUUAAAAAAAAAAAAAAAAAGCAGGGACCUGGGAUGGGUCUCCUGUUUCAGUGGGGUGUGGAACGGUUUGCAACGGCAGAAGUGGACACGUGGAGGGAAGGUUCUCAUCAGAUGCUAGAAUGGUGGGAUGCCCCGCCCCCUUUCCCUUUUGCCCUGGCUGUACAGAGAAAUAUUAUUUAUAUAUAAAUGUAUAAAUGUCUAAUUUGAGCAGCCUCGCGCCCCCCCCCCCCCUGCUCUGGUGGGGUGAAAUUAGGAGGAGAACCCAUAGGAAGGUCAGGGAGAAGUGGUGGGGUGUGAUUCUUAGAGCUGGGAGGCUGGGUUGCGGGUCUCCUAGGUUCUAUAGGUGGAGAAAUUAACAAAGGGAAGGGGAUCCAGGUACCCCUGGGUUCUAUCCUGCAUCUCUGCCAUCGAGGCCCUUUAGAUUCUCCCAGAGGUUGAGUUGAGCAUGGGGAGAACAAUGAAAUGACACCCCCCCCUCCCAUUUAUAUGGUGUCAGCUCUCUCUACUACCCGCAGUCUGAUCAGGUAAUAUAACCCUUCUCCCCUCCCCCGUCCCAAACAACUUGGAUCCCACCUCUGCCAAAUCAUUGUUGUUGGGUGUAAAGGUGGUGGGGGAGCGGGGGGAAGGCACUCUCGCCCACGCACUGACCGCGAUCAUUUUCUACUGUUGCUUCCGACAGCAAAUAUUUAUUGCCAAGUUCUUCCCGCCCCCCCCCCCGUACACGACCCCUUCCCCCCCCCCCCCACAAGUCUUUUCAGAGAGCCCUUCUUUCAGGGCUAUCCUUUUUAAUCUUAUCUUCUUUGUGGGAGGGCAAUUACCGCUGGUGGAUCCUGCCGAUAGCCCUGUUCAUCUCCGUCUCCCCCCCACCUUGGGUUCCUAGCUCUGAAGGACACAUGGAGAAAUCCCCCAGGAUCUCUUCUGACCAUAAAUUUAGGGGAGGAAGCACAGCAGUAAAUCUGCCUGUACCGAAACUUUCUAGGUGUCCUCCCGCCCCCAUUGUCUUACAUGUAUUUUUUUUCCAAAUGACCCCACUUAGGUCAAGGGGGGGGGAGGUUGAAAAAGCAGGUCACAGAUAGGUCCCUUUUGUACCUGUUUCAUUUGAUUUCCUUUGAGGGAGGGAUGGUGUGUGUCCCCUUCCCUAUUACAGUCUUUAACAUGGCAGGAUUCGAACCCCACCCCUCCCCUCAGCUGUAUAUACUGUAUAGGAUAAAAAGUCUAUGUAUCAUAUUGUAUUUGACUAACUUGAACUUAAUGCGCAGGACUUUUUCUUCUCUCUCUCUUUACUCUCUCUCUCUCUCACCCGUAGCUGUGACGUUCUUUGGUUUGGACCGAAACAUUUCAUUAGGAGGUUGUUAUUUUUUUAAUCGUCGUUGUCGUCAAGGGGGGAAGGAGAUUUCUGUGUUGCCUCCUACCCCUUCGCCCUCCUAUGCCAAGAGCCCUUUCUCUUUCUCGCCCCUGAAAUGAAAUGCGAAAAUUAAAAGUUUUUAGAUUAGAAGAAUAGGUCCGAGCCUGGAAUUCCCCAUCUCUUCAGCCCCCCCACCCCCCGCACCCCUAAUGUCAUUCAACUGGUCUCUGUUCCUACAACCACACGCGCUCAACACUUAGCAGCCUGUUUCCAUCAGUUUGCUCUUCCUGGGAUAGGCCCUUUAACAUCUCCAAUCAAUCCCAUACAUAUUCCACCCCCCCAACCCAACAUACCAGAUUUCCACUUCCCAGCCAACGUCUACCUCAUUUCCAUUCCUGACUUUUCCUCUUUGCCAUAACGUUCCUGGUAGGAUUUUUCCACACCAGUCCGGUUUCAUCACUCUCCCGUUCCAUUUUUUGUUUUCCCUCAGUCUCUUUCACGCACUGUAGCUUGGGUUUCGCGCUCUCCCCGGUUUCCUCACACCCGCUGCCCCUCUUUCCUACAGACUUCUCGUUCCUUUUCAACAGGCCAAAAUGAACAGGAGUGUGCGAAAGUUCCGCAUCACAUCCCACCCCCAUUUUUCAUUUCGGGGAGGGUAUGAAAAGGUACUUGUGGUAGAGGGAGGAGAGUGUCCCCUCUGAAGGAGCCGUCUUUUUUUUUAAUACCAGAAUUAUUUUCCAACAGGUCUCUGAAGAGCAACAGAACUGUGUGUGGUGAACCCCCCACUCCCCUCUCCUUCAUUUAGGGAGGGUCUUUUUAUAUAUGCAUACACAUAACUCCCCCAGAUUCCUCUAGAUCCCAUUUCCCUCCCCUAAUUAUUUAUUGUGGGUGAAUAGAGGUUGGCAAGUUUGUAUGUGAGCAUGUGUGGAAGGGGGGGGGGGUUUGCGUGUGUGAUUAAUUCGGCGUACACCAGGCUCCACUCAAAAUGGAGUGUUUUAAGGGGGAGGGGGGGGUCGACUGGUUUCCUUCUGGGCUUUUUAGAGCUUGCAAAUUAGUUUUUAACUGCUUUCCCUACGAACCUGGCUACCGAUUGCUGUUGGGCCUUGUAGAGGUGACGGGGCUGUAGCUUCAGUCUGUACGUCAUGGUGGGGUUAGCUUGAACACGAGGGGGUUGAAAAACGAGGCGACUGGGGAGGGGGGGAGUAUGUUUCACAGUACAGGGUUAAUUUUUCAAGGGACGCCAAGAGCCAUGACAUCUUGAAAAGGAGACAGGUCUGCAGCAGCGAUUCUUUAGGAAACUUUACAAAAGUGUCGUUCCUGGGCGGAGUGGCCGAACCCCCAUGCCCCCAGAACUGGACGGGACAAGCUUCAUUCAUGUUAAUAAAAAACAUAUGUACACACAAACACACACCUGCUUCCUGUAACAGGGGGGGGGGAAAAGACUUUUCUCUCCUUCUCCCCCUCCCUCUAUUUGGAUCUCGGAAGGCCCCCUUUUUUACGACGUGUAUUUCUGUGUAUCUUGUUCGCGCCUCAAGGGUCUUGUUCUGAGAUAUGGGAUUUGUGUUCUGUAUUAUUGGAUGUUCCUAUAUAUUUUUAUUGUUUAUUAUUAGUGUCUGAGACGUUUUUUUCUCUCAAUAUGUAAAACUCACAUUGUAUACUGUGUACACAACAAAAUGACAAAAAACACUUUUCUUUGCAAAAA